CUGAUUCUUCGACUAUACACAAACAGACGUACUGACACACUCUCAAACGCACAUGCAUACUCACACACCGGCAUACACAAGCACUUCGGAGUAGAGACCGAAAAUAGGAAUGCUCACUACGAAGUGGUGAUCGCGACUCGUCUCAGACGCAACAUGAGGCCCGAACAGGCGUGUAAUGCUGUCUCCAAGGCGACUGUUCAGUCCGUUACGGCUGCUCGAUACAAAAGUCGACAUGCACAGGCCGCGGGGCCAGAGCUGGAGUGA